CAACUUUUUCCUGGGUAAUUUGCUCGAAAUUCGCAGGAGAAGGCUUGUUGAUGGCAACAAUAUACAUCAAACAUUGGCCGACUGGUCGAUUGAAUAUCGCCCUAUGUUUGUCAUAUGGUUCUUUCAUGUCCCUCUAAUCGUCAUCAGCGACGCCGAUAUUGCUCGUCAGGUGCUUGUCGUUAAGAAUCUACCUAAGGAUCAUUUUGGUUAUAAGAGAUUUCAAUAUGUAUACGGACAACGAUUCCUUGGAAGUGGCCUUUUCUCGGACUUGAAUCGUCUCACUUGGGAGACGAAGCGACGUACGUUUACACCGUUGUUCCAUCGAAACAAGCUGUUCGAUGGGUUUCCAACAUUAAAUUCCUGCUGCGAUAAUUUCCUCAGCAGGCUGGAAAAGUAUGCCGACGGAAAAACCGAGAUCUCCCUAGCUGACGAAUUCUUGCUGGUAACUUUGGAGACUAUUCUAAAGGUUGGUUUCAGUCACUAUAGGGCUAAAUUGCAGAAUACCCGUCCACUAGUUAUAUCAUAUCAUGUAGCCACUAUUUCACUGGAUACGCGGAUACGCGGUCAGAACUUGUUAUAGUAUAAUACUAUUUCACUGGAUAUAUACGCGGCCAUGCAGAACUUGUUAAUAUAUAUUUAUUCGUAUUCGAUUAAUAGGCCUAAUAAAUAGAGUGAUAGAUCAAAUUCUCAUGUUACAGGUAGCUCUAUUUUAGUGGAUACGCGGAUACGUGGAUACGCAGUCAAUUUUAUAUAGUUUAGCGAUCAAAAAUGGUCAGCGGAUAAAAUAACUGGUUGACUGCGUAUCCACGUUCCACUAAAAUAUAGAGCUAUCUAUAUACCAUGAGAAUUUGAUCUAUUAAUGCUAAACUAACUGUAUUCCUCGUUCUCAAAAUAAAACUCACUGCGUAUCCACGUAUCCGCGUUUCCACCAAAAUAUUGAGUAACUGUAUGCCUCGUUCUCAAAAUAAAACCUAAUGUGAUUGGUCAGCUGAUUAAAACAUCGUAUUGCCCCUUUUGACCUACAUUAUUGACCUACAGUAUAUUGCAUCAACCUAUCCUCAUCAACCUAUCCUCAUCCCAAUAUCCUCAUUUAACCUACAGAUGACUCUGGCUUGAAGUUUCGUAAUAGGACGUUAAAACAGGGACGUAGUGAAGCAUCUGAAGAAUGUGGGGGAGCGGGGUGUCGGAGGAUUUUGCUGAAAUUUGAACUGCGAUGUUAAAAAUUUACCUGAAGUGUAAUAAUUAUAAUAGAGCUUUUUCUGAUUUAUUUCCAUAGUUAUACUAAGUUUCCGAAGAAAAGAGAGGCCUGUGGGUCCUCGCCCAGAAAAUGUUUACAUUUUUGAAGCUCCAGGACUGCAUUUCUGGCGUUUUCUAAACCAAAUUCACAAAGGAAUUGGAUCUAAAUCGACUGUAUUUUCCAAAAAUGGAUGUUUUCACAAAAUUAACGCCUUUACUACGCGAAUUUUACCUGAAAAUUCAAAUUUUAGUGAUGAAUUUAAGCUGAUUUUUACCUUAGUUUCACAGCCAAGGGGGGGGGGGGGAUUACACCCCCACACCCCUGCUCGCUACGUCCCUGAGUCUGGACGUAAUUUGUCGACACUGGUGCAAGGUGUACAUUUUGGAAUAUUUGAAACCCAAAAAUCUUCCCAGUCCGCUUUUGACUCUGGAGUUUUGAAAUUAUGAAUACUAGAUUAGGUGGAUAAUAUAUCCAAGUGAGCAUACAUAUACACUAUUUAAGACCUAACCAGGAACGGUUGCGAAACAUACAACACUAGGCCCUCUGGCAAGAAUCGAAUCUGCGCGGCCCAGAACUGUUCUGGUUGAAAAGUUGAGGUAGUCGUACUCCUCUUUUGUCAUGCAAAUAACCGUGCACAAGUACUUGGGUUAAUAGUUUCUCUUUGGUAUAGUAAUCAUUGGAUAAAUAACGAACGGUGUGCUCUAUAACAUUAAAAAUUUUCCUUUUUAAGUGGUCGUGUAAUUUGGAGAUGAAUAAUGAUGAUCGCCUUGUAUUUGAAAAGAACUUCAAAAAUGCUUUACAUGGCAUUUCACUAAGCUUUCAAAGUCCAGCGACCGCAUACAUGCCGUGGUCAAAUUUAAGACGAAGAUGUGUGGAAGGCGCUCGCCUUACUAGGGUAACUGCAAAAAGUGUUGUGGAAAUGCGACAGAAGGAUAUAGAUGCUGGUAAGGAGAUACCUGAAGAUGCACUAUCGUAUGUUUUGAAAUUGAAAGAAGCUUUGCCCAAUUGCGACAUUGAAGACUUGGUGGAUAUGGUCGUUACAGUUGUGUUCGGAGGUAAAAUUCUUGUGUCUUUUUGUCUUGCACGUUCGAAAAUUAUUAGGGAGUAGUUCAACUGUUUCUGUAUCAGAUUCAUGUGCGGAACCUCCCCCCAGCUUAUUGUAAUAUUUACUCUAUCAAAAUGUAACUUAUUUCAGGAAUGGACACUACAGGCAACAAUCUGUGUUUCACCGCGCUCUCCAUAGGCCUAAACCCAGAUGUCGAAAAUAGGUGUGUAUACUUAGCCAUUAUGUGAUUUAUUUUAUAAAUAGUCAUUUCUGAGAAGAAAAUCUGUUAGUAUAAGUAUGGGGCGAAAUUAUAAAAUUCCUGGGGUCGGGCGUAUUCACAUGCAGUAUGUAUUACGAAACAUGUUGUUUGCACCGAUUAUCCGGAAUUACUGAUGGAAAUUUUGGUAUCUGCCGAACUGUGUAGUUUUUCGGCAAAAGUAUAGCUAUAUAUAUCACAUAGGCUAUGUGCAAGUUGGACCAGUUGAACUCGAAACUAUAUAUUCACAUCGCAUAAAUUGAAUCGAACUCGACCUACUAAAGUCGUAAAGUGAGUUUUCUCAUUUUUCCUCUUGUGUAAAUAACAAAGUCACACAUAAACAAUCAAAACAAACUUAGUACCCUAUACUUCAGGAUUUCCCAUAUUAUAUCAAUUCUUAUAAUGCAUGUUUAAAAAUGAAAAAUGUUUUACAAUAAAAUUUAUCGUCUGAGUUUCUGAGACGAUGUUCGAAGCUUUCUUGCAUGGUUUUUAAAUUCAGUUUGCGUCCUUCAUUCGUGGCAAAGAGUCAUAUUUUUGAAAUCAGUAGGUGUAAAAUUGCUCAAAAUGUUUAGUUAGCAACGAAUAAUUUCAUAUCAUAAUGGACAUCGUCAGACGAAGUGUGGAUGCAAAUCCGAGUCCGAGUCAGUCCCGAGCCCGAGUCAACUGAAUGACCGAGUCGCGUAAAAAAAGGACGAAAAGUGAAGAAAAAUCACAGUCGAAUAAGGUUAGCAGUAGGUUUAGGGUUAGGGUACUAAGUCAUUUUAUCGACAAAGACAGUUAAACAGGGAGUCGGACAUUUGUCUCGAACUCGGAUUUGAGUCAGUCAGUAACCGACAAACUCCGAAAUUGAAUAAAAUUCACAUUUGAAUAGGGUUAGGGUAGGUUAGGAGUGGGAUGAUGGUUAGGAUUAGGGUACUAAGUCAUUGAACUGCAAAGAUCAUUGAUUAAACAAUGACUCGGACAUUUGACUCGGGCUCGGAUUUGACUCGGUUAACCGACAAACUCUGGAUGCAUGUGCUCGUCCAAUUAUUUCAUAAUUCUUUUAUUAAUAUUUUUCACAGCUGUUUGAGUUAUUUAUAUAUUAAACUUGGUUUUAUGUUUAGAAGUCGACCUAAAUAGAUAACAAGUUGAUUGUUAGCUGUUAUUAUUAUUAGACAAUUCCAAAAUGUGCUGGCUGACAGCGAAAGUUACUUAUUUGCAAUGAAAAUAUAAAUUUUCCGUCUCGAUCACCUUAUGUUAUUGUUUCGUGUGCACUCAAGCAAAUUGUGGAAGUUAUACUUUUGCCUAAUGGAAGAAACUCGACUUUCGUUUCCAGGCUUAGAAAGGAAAUUGACACUGUAAUCGGUGAAUCAGAAGAGAUUACAGCGAAAGAUAUUAUGUCUAUGCAAUAUCUUACUCAAGUGGUGAAAGAAUCCCUGCGUCUACAUCCACCAACACCCGCCCUAACAAGAAGAACUGAUAAAGAUACCAUGAUCGGCAGCGUAAUGAUUCCCGGUGAUACACCUAUCAUGGUGAACCCAUAUGUCAUCCAGACCCACCCUGAUUAUUGGGAAGAUCCGCAUGAUUUUAAACCGGAGAGAUUUGCUUCAGUUGAAAACCUCCAUCCAUAUGCAUACUUUCCGUUUUCACUCGGUCCACGGCGCUGCAUUGCACCUCAGCUUGCAGAUUUGCAGGUGAAAUUGGUUAUUGCCCGUCUAUUGAAAAGGUUCAAAUUUAAACUGUUGCCAGGUCAAACCCUGAAGCUUGCUGAAAAUAUUUCGUUCGGUCCGGUUGGAACUGUUCGUUGCACACUAGCAUUUGCAGAUCAACACUAGACUAAACAGAUAAAAAAUCUUCAAAUUUAAAUGAAAAACUUUUAUAAGUAUGCUGGUUAGAUGCUCAUUCAUCGAUUGUACCUUUCAAAUUUACCAAGUUUGACUUUAACUUACUAUAGCUUUUCACGUACUAUUUAAAACAUGAGCAGCAGACUGUUUUUUUCAGAUAUGUUUUUUCAGAUAUGUCUUUUCAGAUAUGUUUUUUCAGAUAUUCAUAUAUAAAUCUUAGAUCUCAUAAAACACGCACUGCGAUGUUUUAAAUUGCUUCAAAAACGAUCGAUCUAGUGUGUUCAUUGGCAAAGUAAUACGUUGUGUAAGUCGAGAAAAUCAAAACUAAAGUUUAUGUAAAUCAAGGGAAGUCUCUAUCACAUAUAAAGAUACGACACGCUUAUGAUUUUUCUUUGUGUUUUCCUCAUUAACUAUUAAGUUGGCCUCUU